AUGCUUCCAGGAACUAGUGCAAACCGCACUCUUGAUGGCUCUGUGUCACUGUCUGAUGCUAUGCGGGAAGACAAGGUUGAUGAUUGUCCAAGCUGUAGAAUAAUGGGCGCAACGGCAUUAUUUGGGCUUGGGGUUUACAGCUAUUUUAGCGGACAUGCUCAAAUUCGCGCGCAAGAAACCAAAAUCCUUCAAAGCAAAAGCCGUUUUGGCAUAAAGAGCAGACAAGCGGGCAUCACCACGAUUACUUUAACACUUGCGGGAAUGGGAUUCUGGCGACUGGUUAAUUAA